UCAGCACACAGCAGGGUAUAUAGUCUUAUAUAAAGGAUAUUGCUUUGGCUGAAAAUGGAAAAACAUCAGCUGGAAAGACACCGUUCUAUCAGAAAGAACGCUCGCAUAGUGUCACACUUUAGUCCUGAUCCAAAGUCUCACUUCAAGUCAGAACUUACUUCUCUGUACAAUCCUUCUGAAAUACGAAAGAAAUAUGAGGGUUACACAAGCCCGGCAUCUAAAGAGAGGGAAGAGCAAGUUAAGUUUAAGUUCACCAACCCAGAGACUCCAGGAUAUGUUGGGUUUGCUAAUCUUCCAAACCAAGUCCAUCGUAAAUCAGUGAAGAAAGGGUUUGAAUUCACUCUUAUGGUUGCUGGUGAAUCUGGUUUGGGCAAAUCAACAUUGGUCAACAGCUUGUUCCUUACGGAUUUAUAUCCUGAGCGUUGCAUACCCCCUGCUGCUGAUAAAAUCACACAGACUGUCAAGAUAGAUGCAAGUACAGUGGAGAUUGAAGAGAGAGGGGUGAAGCUGAGGUUAACUGUGGUUGAUACUCCAGGAUAUGGAGAUGCAAUCAAUUGCUCUGACUGUUACAAACCAAUCAUCCAAUACAUUGAUGAUCAAUUUGAGAGAUAUUUGCACGAUGAGAGUGGUUUAAACAGACGUCAUAUCGUGGAUAACAGAGUUCACAGUUGCUUUUACUUUAUAUCAUCACAAGGUCAUGGUCUAAAGCCUCUUGACAUUGAGUUCAUGAAGGCUCUUCACAACAAAGUGAAUAUCGUUCCCGUGCUAUCAAAAGCUGACUCUCUCACGAUGCCGGAGGUUAAGAGAUUAAAGAGAAGAAUCCUGGAGGAGAUUGCUGCUCAUGAGAUCCAGAUUUAUCAACUUCCUGAUGCGGAUGAAGAUGAGGAUGAGGAGUUUAAGGAACAAACUCGAUGCUUAAAGGAGAGCAUCCCAUUUGCCGUGGUUGGUUCAACACAGAUGAUUGAAGUAAAAGGGAAGAAGGUUCGAGGUCGUUUGUAUCCAUGGGGGGUGGUGGAAGUGGAGAAUCCUGAUCAUUGUGAUUUUCUUAAACUAAGGACCAUGUUGAUAACACACAUGCAAGAUCUACAAGAAGUAACUCAUGAUCUGCAUUAUGAAAACUUCAGAGCUCGUAGGUUGCAGUCAAAGGAUGGAGAACCUGCCAAUGUUUCGGUGGAUAGUGGAAGCAACAACAGAGCUCUACAAGAGAAAGAAGCUGAGCUUCAACGCAUGCAAGAGAUGGUUCAACAAAUGCAAGCGCAGAUUAAAGCUCAAAGUAAAUCAAGUCCCACAGGAUCAAAAGUUGUUUCUCAUCAAAUAUAACUACAAGUGCAAUAAACUGUACAAUGUUGCUGCAUUUAUAGUUCUAAGAAGGACUAAGGCAUGGUGAUCUAUUAUAUUCCACACACUGCAUUGACUUUUGUGCUGUACAGUUUCCAUACCCUUGCCAUUUGCAGUGUUUAGAAUUAAUCAUAUUUUACAAACUUUUAGCAAAAAAAUGUUGCCUUCAAACUAAAAUUCAUGAUUUUUUGGCAUGCGUAUAUUCUAUUCAGUUUUGGUUCAGUUUGUAAAAACCUAUUAUACAGUUACAUCUGCGGCAACUUAUUCAUAUCCUACACUGCUACUAAAAUAAUCUGGUUUUAAACCUUUUCCCCUUCAAUGUAUAUACAAGUUAAGCCACUAAAAUAACUCAUUUUAUAUUUCCAUUUGUAAACAUUGUAUGUAAGAUUUGGGUGAAAUGCAUGGUCAGAAGCACAAUAUGUCUCACUGAUUAACUUUCACUAACAGAUAUGGCAUUAUUACUCUGCUGUUAAUUACUAUUGCAUGUUUGCGAGUGUGCCAGAAGCGCAUUGUAUCACUACCAUUAUAUAUAUUAAUAAAUGCUGUAUAACAUUCG